AAACAGCAGACGCGUGUCCAAUGCGUACAUCCAGCACGCUCUGUUUCGGUGUCGGUCGUCGCGUCGAAGUUUCGAGCCAGUUGAAGCACGAACUUCAAACUGAGCAGCGUUUCCAUUUCGCUCACCUUCUGGCCGCACGUCAACGGGAACGCGGUAACCUGUGCGGCGUGCACUAGUGCACAGUGAUAAUACGCCGGUUAGUAAGCAUAUCAAGUUAGGUCAGUCGCCGUUUGUGUGUAAUUUUAUUUUACUGGAGAGGAUGGCUAAGAACGACAAUGGUGUAGUGGAAUUUCAGUUUCAUAGACCGGAAAAUAGAACUAAAUGGGAAAACUUUCAGAGAGCUAUUUAUGAUCCGCAGUCUAAACAGUGCCUUGGACGGACUCCAAAGAAUUGGGGACAACUACUAUUAUUUUAUACAAUAUUCUACAUAGUUUUGGCGGCUUUGUUCGCAAUAUGCAUGCAGGCCCUAUUCGUCUCAUUGGACGACAAAGAACCAAGAUGGACAUUACAUAAGAGUUUGAUCGGUACGAAUCCUGGUCUCGGAUUUCGUCCCAUUUCAGCUGAAACGGAAGAGGGUUCUCUAAUUUGGUACAACCUUACGAAUCGCACCACCAGUGAGAAAUGGGUGAAACUGGUGGACAAAUUUUUAGAGCCAUACAAAUCAAGUCAGACUGGAGAUAAUUACGUUAACUGUGAUUUUAACCAGACUUUGGGACCAGAUAAGGUGUGCGUCGCUACCGUUGAACAGUUGGGCAAAUGCAACCCUGAACUAAAAUAUGGGUACAUUACCGCGUCCCCCUGUAUAUUUUUAAAACUGAACAGGAUUUAUGGAUGGGAACCACAAUUUUAUACCUCAGCUGUCGAAGGAAUGCCACCUGAUUUAGCUGAGCACAUCAAGAGCAGAAAUAAGUCCGAAAGGGAACAGAUAUGGGUUAGCUGCAAUGGUCUGGACGACAUAGACAGAGAAAAUAUUAAAGGCUUCAAUUAUUAUCCUCGUGGAUUCGCCGGGUACUAUUACCCUUAUAAGAACGUCCGGAAUUACUUAAGUCCAAUUAUCGCCGUCGAAAUACUCGAUGUAACACCAAAUAUCAUAGUCAGUAUAGAAUGCCGCGCUUGGGCAGGCAACAUCGAAUACAGAGGAGGAUCGUUGAAUCGAGCGGGUUCCAUAACCUUUGAAGUGCUGGUUGAUGCUGAAGGCCAGCAGUCGAAAAAUAACACUGCCACCCCCAUGUAAUAUUUUACAGAGCGUUGAAUAUAGGCGUAGUACUUAUUGUAAUUUUUAUCGUUUAAGUUUUUAGGUUGUGCAAACUUGUUCGUUUUGUCUCAGUGUCUAUAACUUAUUUAAUAAAUGUUUUUAGUUAGUUAAUGUGUAAAUAAAUUAAGGUUUUUAGAUGAAGUGGUGCUUUUUGCCUUAAAACAGUGUUAAAUUUGAAGAUGUCUGAUUCAUGUUUUCGCCAUCAAAAGCACUGCAGAUGUUUUAUGUUUUUAAAUUUAUAUCAGGAUUUUAUCGCAACUAACUUAUUGCAGUGGUGGUGCCACUAAGUUGAACACACGGUCUAAUAGGGUGUGAAAAUAAUGUACUUAAUUGAAAAGGCUAAUCGAAUACAUAAUUUAAACAAUUUCAAACAGAAAAUACAAAGUUCUUUUUCUGUAUUAGAGUGUAAUUUGGAACAAAAAUAAAAAUUUGAAAAAGUCAUAUACUCCAGAAUCGAAAUAAUCUCGAUUGUAACACAUACAGGGUGUUCCGAAAUUCAUACAACAAAAUUUGGUCACAUAUUCUUAAGACAAAUUUAGGGGA